ACUUGCUGUGCGCUUGUUGGGCCCAUCGCAGCUAUCAAUUGAAAACGUUAAGUUACGGCGUGCCGUGCCGUGAAGUGGAAACACUUCAGUCCCAAGCCACCCGUCAGUUGCGGCAUCUUCACAUGCAUUCCACAUUGCUACAUGGCCUCGUUGUAGGCAUGCUUAUCUAGUAAGCCCUGGUAUGGUCUUUGGACAGCGUUUGUCACGAUUUCCAGAAAGUAAUCAUACUAGCAUAGAAGCUUUUGCUAUCAUGCGGCAAUGGACUUAUGUAGCCCUAUUGAUCACGUCGUUCCUCGCCUUCGUGUCUCCUGCGGACAUCAGCGAUGCUGCUCUAGACGGCUUUUCCAAUGGCGGGACGCCCGCUAACUUUAUGAGCAGCCUCGGCGUUCGUGCGGUGGCACCGAUGUACGCCGUUAUCCCUAUGGAAGGCAAAAACCUCACGGUUUCGUUGACUCUUUGGCUUCGACGAGUAGGGGCUACUGGAAGUCCUUAUGGCAUGCCGCAUCAAUCCAAGGACGCAAUACGGAUUUUAGUAUGGGUAGACAAUCCUGCCGACUUGCAGCUGCGGAAGUACGGCCACUUGUUGCUUCCAGCUGAGCAGGGCGUUUGGCAGCCGGAGCUGCUCCUUGAGACGGUUCAGCCAGGGCCAAUCCUACCGGCAAAACUAGAAUACGGAAAAAAGCAGAUCAACGAGAUAGGGGACCCACGCGUGCGGCCGUACACGUUUCGUGUGGAGCUGCCAGCGGGCGCAGGGAAUUGUUUUAAGGUCAUUGAAACGAGCUACCCCAAGCAUAAGGCCCCUUUGUGCCUACCCCCAGCCGCGGGCGACGGCGUGUGUGCCACGCUAGCACCUGCCACUCAGUACACGGACAUGGCGCCCGCGUUGUGGUUUGCUAUCGGACCAACUCGGGACUUCAAAUCCACUCGUGAUUGGCGCGGAUUCCAGAUCAGCGUUGCGACACGGGUUUCGAGCUUCCUGUCGUACCACAUUGCUAUGAACACGACAGGCCUGCUGCUGUAUGUGGACGAGCUCAUGCGGCUGUACCUCAUGAACAUCCCAGAUUUACGGCAGUACGUUGAGGCCGGCACGCUCAGGCUAAUUGACUGGCUAAUGAACGAGCGUGCGCACGAUGAUAAUGACGGGCGAGGUCGGCCACUUGGGUACAACUACGACCAAGCGCUCUUCGCUGGCCACGCCCUGCUGGGCCUCUCCGCAUGCGGCGCCAACCUUAUGCUGGUUAUGACGGACCUUGAUGAGUUCCUGUACACGCCUCAGCCGGGUAUCCGCUGGCCGGAGCCGUACAAGAACUGCCUGUCACACAUGAACACUGAAGGGAAGCUUCCCAUCGCCCAGUUUAAACUCCAACGUGUUGAGGUUGUGUCGACCAAAUGGCACCCAGUGAACGAGCACGAGCUGUGGUCUGAUCCAGGACGGUCACUUCCUCGCUUUGUGAGCGCAGUCAGUGGCGGUGACAGCGGCGUCCCGACUGUCCUAAAGGGCACCCUCAGUCCACGGCAUCCGUUGGCGGAAUACGACUGGAUAUACAAGGAGCCACUGAGCUUGUUCCACACAAAGCCUGUGAUUGUGCCCGCUGCAGAGCAUGUAUUGUUUUUCGUGCAUGAGGGCGUUCCGGUGCACGGGCGGUCGCAGCUAGUCGACAUUAGCUGCCUCACGAUGCUGCAUGUGGUAAAUCAGUUCAAGAGUCGCCGCAACGAUUCGGUUGAUCACACGUAUAAGCUUAGGGAAUUCCGCCAUUGGCUGUUUAGCGAGGACGGUGCCUCAUUUAAGGGUGCGGGGCAUUAACAAAGCCGCAAAGGUGGUAGGUUUGCUUGUUGGCUAAGAUGACUUUAGAUAGCGGUUUUCGCGGGGAGGGUGGGGGUAGGAAAUGUAGAAGUUAACCCCAUAACUUCGGCGAAGGAGCUUUGUGUGGUAGCUUUUAGGAUUUGGUUUGGUGUUGUGCGGAAAACGUCAUGGGCUUGCAAAGUUUGUUGAACGGCACGGUUGGGUGGGUCCGGAGUCUCAUCGACAUGUUUACAUGGACCUUCGAGACCUUUUUCCAGGCCUCAGGUUAGAUUUCGGAGCGCUUUAUCCUAGUCCUUUGUUCAUUUCUCGUUCGUAGUGCAGGGGGGGUAGGUUCGCCGCAAAAUGACCCCUUGCUUCAUUAUAGGAGAUCUCGAUAGAUAUCCGCUUUCAAAAAUUGUAAAUGCAGUUUUAUGAAAUUAUCAUGAGCUCUUAAAGAAGGUUGUACGGCAGAAGUGGGUAGGUGGGUCUGGCCCCAACGACUCUUUUCUUUGACCUCCGAAACGUUUUUCCUAGG